GUUGGAACUGUAGACUGCGCAUUCCGCAUGUAGUCCACUCAUCGGAAUGCCCCUCAGCGAGCUCGAAGUCAAAUGGACCGGGAUGAACUUCGACAUAGCCGCUGAGGAAAUGCGCCGACUCAAGAAAGAACCAACAGACGAAGAAAAACUUAAACUGUAUGGAUUGUAUAAACAAGCCGUACAUGGUGAUAUUCCACCCGAAGAGGAUUACGAAAAACCAACUGAAGACAAAACUGCUAUAGCCAAAUACAACGCAUGGGCUGAAAGAAAAGGACAAACCAAAGAAGCCGCUCGUACUGAAUACGUUCAACUUGCCGAAGAAAUGAUUCGCCGAUAUCAUAGAGAAAUCGUCAGAACCAAAUGGAACAGCGAAGUAUGGAGUGUAGACUAUUGA